AUGGCUCUCGUUCAGUCCACGAUGCGGGCCACUAGCUCGAGUAAAACGACCAGUAAUGUGCCAGGGCUGGAUUUUACCAGCAACAUAGGUCCGUUUACAGGACCAAGGCAUGUUCGACGAGAUGGACAAUAUUCCCAAGGCCCAGAGGUAAAUGCCUUUGCGUUACCUACACGACGUAUGGCCGACAGCUUCAUGAGGUGUUUUUGGGAUUGUACACAUCCAAUAUUCCCAAUCCUCCACAAACCAACGUUUGUCAUUUCCUACGACAGCUUAUGGGUCCCUCAGAGCGAAAGCUUCUCGGACAACGUGUCUGGUAAAGCCGAGGACCCUAUCUUUCUGUCAACUUUGAACAUCGUCUUCGCCAUUGGCUGCCAAUUUAGCGACCUAGUCGCUCCUGACAGAAGGACAAACCUGGGUGAUCAAUUCUACCAGCGGUCUAGGGCGCUGUACGACAUUGAUGCUCUAGAUUCUGCGUCGAUUCUUACUGUUCAGAUGCUUCUUCUCACCGGUCUCUACCUGCAAUCAACGAAAUACGCAAGUCGAUGUUGGCAUAUGGUCGGCCUUGCCAUCAGAACUGCACAAGACAUCGGCAUUCAUAUCGAACACACUCGGCCAUCAAAGACCCAGCUUGAACGGGAAAUGAGACGCAGGGUAUGGCACAAUUGCAUUAUAAUGGAUCGAUUACUCGCCCUUACCUUUGGUCGGCCAAAUAUGAUCUCUGGCGACUCGGGUGUUCCUCUACCACUGGUAAUUGACGAUGAAUAUUUGAAGCAAGACGGCGAAGGCAUUCAACCAAGCCAAUCCGAGUGCAGUAUGAGAUUCUUUGUCUUUUCGAUCCAACUGUUCGAAAUUUUGGAUCGCAUUAUGUCUAAAAUCUAUCGCUACGAAAGCGUCAAUCCUUCCAAUGAAGGAGGUGAAGACUUUUGGUGGUCUCGUGAUCGCCUCGAGGACGUUUUAAAGCUCAAUAAUGCUCUUGAUGACUGGCAUGACACGCUCCCUAAUAACCUCCGAUUGCAGUGUGCCACCGAAGCUAGAGCCGAUUUGAGGAGCGAUACAGCUAUCUUACAAGCCAAAGUUCUCUAUUCAAGAUUCCUGUAUAUUCGUAUCCUGUUACUAAGACCGGCCCUCCUUUCCGCUGCCCAGAACCGGCACCAUCUGCCCAAGGGGGAUGACUGGCGACAUCUUAGGCUGGAGGAGCAACUUGCUCUGAAAAUGCGGUUUAUCGAAGUUCAGGUUGGCGUACAGUUCAUUAAUCUUGGGAUCCACUGGGCUGCCUCGGUUCCAGCAUUUCUUUCCGUUGCCAGCGUCCCAUUCCCCGUCAUUCUUUACAUAUACGGAGAGAAAAUCCUUAAGCGUUGCCGAUAUGCAGCUGAAGCAGAGGAAUUCACGCAGGGCAUGCGGCAAAAGAAGCUAGAACAGACCGCCGCGAAAGACUUUCAUGACCAGAAUCCAAGUGAAUGUCCAUCUCGGUAUGACAUUGACUCCAGAUCGUUACCUCAAAACUCUUUCCGCCGUUUCUCGACCACACGCUCUCGGAAUUCACGACUGUCAACUGAACGAGUCUCCACAGUUGAAUAUGAAGGGAAUCCGUUUGAUGUUGACCGUGUCAAUACCCUCGAGCGAUGA